AUGGCACCAUCAAAUAUUCACCACCCCUCGACAAACGCCCUGCAUGCCGACGACUACUUAAACUUGGUCACGGACGUGGCGCCCCCAAUCCACUUAUCUACAACUUUCAGAUUCCCCAAAGAGCCUGAGAACCUGAUUCCAUCUGAAGACCCCGUGGAAGAGUUUGACGGAAAGAACUACGUAUAUUCCCGAGAAUUCGCGCCCAAUGCCACGCGAUUCGAAGCUGUGCUUUCGUCGCUGCUAAAAGGCCAUGCCGUGAGCUACACGACUGGACUAGCUGCGCUGCAUGCCGCACUCAUUUUAUUAAACCCUCGACACGUCUCUGUGGGAGAGGGGUACCAUGGCACCCACGAGGUCAUUUCAGUUAUAUCCCGUCUUUCAGGUCUGGAAAAGCUUCCUCUGGACUGUUCAGCAGAAAGCCUAGGAGAAGGCGAUGUGGUCAUCCUCGAAACCCCGGUGAAUCCCCUGGGGACUGCAUUCAGCAUCAAGGAGUUCGCGGAAAAGGCUCAUUCAAGAGGAGCGUAUCUUAUUGUCGAUAGCACAUUUGCGCCUCCGUCGUUGCAGGACCCCUUCCUGUGGGGUGCAGACAUUGUGAUGCACUCAGGAUCUAAGUACUUCGGCGGUCACAGUGAUCUUCUAUGUGGAGUGCUUGCGGUGAAGCGCAGAGACUGGCAGAAGAAGCUUAUAGAGGACCGGUUGGCCCUGGGGAAUGUUAUGGGUAACAUGGAGAGUUGGCUUGCUCUCCGUAGCCUACGGACCUUGGAUGUUCGAGUGCAGCGAGCAAGCGAGAGCUCAGGAAAGUUGGUUGGGUGGUUAAACAAGGCUCUAUCUGCAGCUACACCGGGGCCCAACAGCGAGGAACACCUUGUGCGGACGGUUCUGCAGAACAUUCAUCAUGCCAGUCUUCAGGACGAGCCUUGGCUACUGGAGCAGAUGCCCAAUGGCUUUGGCCCAGUUUUCUCGAUUGUCUUGCAGAGUGAAGAUUUAGCUCGGGUUUUACCAAGCAAACUGGCUUUGUUUCAGCAUGCAACAAGCCUGGGUGGUGUUGAAUCCCUCAUCGAGUGGCGCGCGUUGUCGGAUUCUCGGGUGGAUAGAAAGUUAUUGAGGGUUAGUGUUGGGUUAGAAAACUGGGAAGACUUGAAGAACGAUUUGCUUCAAGGAUUCAAGUCGCUAGUCGAGAAGCAGGGCCAAUAA